AAGAUGUCAGCCUACAUGAGGCUGGGCUCCAUCUCCCGCUGGUUUAAUGGAGGCAGAUCAGGCUAUCGACUAUUCGAUACGGUCACGAGCUCUGCUCCAGCCGGGCGGAACGGCGUUGCUUCCUCAACAAAGCGGUUCCAUUCGGUUGCCUGUGUGGGAUGGCGGGGCUGCGGUCAGCGCAGAACGGUAACGAGGGUGGCAGGAACGGUAUGCUGCAAUGGCGAGAAAUCCAGUCUCCCACCGCAACUUAACCCCCGAUUGCAGCAAACCCGCACCUUCCAGGACUUCAGUGAGAAGAGCAGUGGUGGUUCGGUUAACUCGGGGGAUGAUGGUGUGGAAGAUGGGUCUGGGGAUGGUGGAGGUGGUGAAGGGGCUGCGGGUAUGCCCCCUUCCAUGACUGCGCUCUCCCCGAUGAUCGUGCCGGAUGUCUUUCCCAAUGUCCCCUUGAUCGCCGUCAGUAGGAACCCCGUGUUCCCCAGAUUUAUUAAAAUAAUUGAGGUAAAGAAUAAAAAGUUAAUGGAACUACUUCGAAGAAAAAUACGUUUGGCUCAACCAUAUGCAGGAGUGUUUCUUAAAAAAGAUGACAACAAUGAAUCUGAUGCAGUUGAAAGCUUGGAUGAGAUUUACCAGAUAGGAACAUUCGUCCAGAUCCAUGAGAUGCAAGAUUUAGGUGACAGAUUGCGCAUGAUUGUAAUGGGACACAGAAGAAUCCAGUUAACCAGGCAGUUGGAAGUAAAUAGUGAUGAAAUGGUUCCUGCAGAAUUUGAGCAAAAUCAAGACAAAGCACAGGGGAAACAAAAACAUCAGAGAACUGUUGAAGGAGGUAGCCAAUCCUCAACAGCGGAUACAAGCAUUGAGUCGCUUGUUGCUCCGAUAGGUGAACUGUUAAUGGUAGAGGUGGAAAAUGUAGUCCAUGAAGACUUUCAAGUCACAGAAGAAGUUAAAGCACUUACAGCAGAAAUUGUGAAAACAAUACGUGACAUCAUUGCUCUUAAUCCACUUUAUAGAGAGUCGGUGCUUCAGAUGAUGCAAGCAGGACAGAGGGUGGUGGAUAACCCAAUUUAUUUGAGUGACAUGGGAGCAGCACUUACGGGUGCAGAAUCGCAUGAGCUACAGGAAGUGCUGGAGGAGACCAACAUUCCAAAUCGACUCUACAAGGCACUCUCUCUGUUGAAAAAAGAGUUUGAAUUGAGCAAACUGCAGCAGCGUCUUGGACGAGAGGUAGAAGAGAAAAUCAAGCAGACUCAUCGUAAAUACUUGCUCCAGGAACAGCUGAAGAUUAUUAAGAAAGAACUGGGACUGGAGAAGGAAGAUAAAGAUGCCAUUGAGGAGAAAUUUCGGGAGAGGUUAAAGGAACUGGUUGUUCCAAAACAUGUCAUGGAGGUUAUUGAUGAAGAGCUGAACAAACUCAACUUACUCGAUAAUCAUUCCUCUGAGUUCAAUGUAACUCGGAAUUACUUGGACUGGCUGACAACAAUGCCUUGGGGAAAAUGCAGUGAAGAAAAUAUGGAUCUUAAACGAGCCAAUGAAGUAUUGGAGGAGGAUCAUUAUGGCAUGGAUGAGGUCAAAAAACGCAUCCUGGAAUUUAUUGCAGUUAGCCAGCUGCGUGGUACAACCCAAGGAAAAAUUCUAUGUUUCUGUGGUCCACCUGGAGUUGGUAAGACCAGCAUUGCUCGAUCUAUAGCAAGAGCAUUAAACCGAGAAUAUUUCCGGUUCAGCGUUGGAGGAAUGACUGAUGUCGCAGAAAUCAAGGGUCACAGGAGAACGUAUGUUGGAGCUAUGCCUGGAAAAGCCAUUCAAUGCUUGAAGAAAACAAAGACUGAAAAUCCAUUAGUUCUUAUUGAUGAGAUUGAUAAAAUUGGUCGUGGUUAUCAGGGAGACCCAUCUUCUGCACUCUUGGAACUUCUUGAUCCAGAACAGAAUUUUAACUUUCUGGACCAUUAUCUUGAUGUGCCUGUUGACUUGUCAAAAGUACUUUUUAUUUGCACUGCUAACGUGACUGAAACCAUUCCAGAACCUCUCCGGGAUCGAAUGGAAAUGAUUAACGUGUCUGGUUAUGUAGCACAAGAGAAGCUUGCAAUUGCUGAGCGUUACUUAGUUCCUCAAGCUCUGAAUGCCUGUGGUCUGGAGAAGGAGGGAGUGCAGAUUACAUCCGAAGCACUUACUGUUCUCAUUAAACAGUAUUGCAGGGAAAGUGGAGUUCGCAAUCUGCAAAAACAGGUGGAGAAGGUAUUUCGCAAGGCUGCUUACAAAAUUGUACACAAGGAGGCUGACGCAGUAAUGAUAACCCCUGGAAACCUCCAAGACUUUGUCGGAAAACCUGUUUUCACAGUGGAUAGGAUGUAUGAUGUUACUCCUCCGGGUGUUGUAAUGGGUUUAGCCUGGACAGCUCUGGGUGGGUCAACUCUCUUUAUUGAAACCUCUCUUCGUCGGCCAAGGGAUAAGGAAAGUAAAGAAGGCUCUCUUGAGAUGACUGGUCAGCUGGGAGAUGUGAUGAAGGAAAGUGCGAAAAUUGCCUACACAUUUGCAAGGGCUUUUCUCAUGCAGAAAGAUGAUAGCAAUGAUUUCUUGAUUCAAUCCCACAUACACCUCCAUGUGCCUGAGGGUGCUACACCUAAAGAUGGUCCAAGUGCAGGCUGUACAAUUGUAAGUGCACUCCUUUCUCUAGCAAUGAAUCGACCUGCGCGGCAAAAUUUGGCAAUGACUGGAGAGGUAUCACUUACUGGGAAAAUCCUGCCUGUUGGUGGAAUUAAGGAGAAGACUAUUGCUGCAAAGAGAGCUGGUGUUGAUUGCAUCAUUUUACCAAUGGAAAACAAGAAGGACUUUUGCGAUCUACCAACAUUUAUUACAGAGGGUCUUGAAGUACAUUUUGUUGAACAUUACCAGGAUGUGUACAGUACUGUGUUUCCAGAUAAAUGAAAUUGAGCCAUGCACCCAUAAUAGAACUGACUUCAACACCUUUUCUGGGAAGUGCAUUCUGUAGAAGUAGAACCAGAUGCAAAGUGGAGGAGCUGUCUGAAUGCUGCAGAAUUGUCAUGAUUGCAAAGCAAAUGGAACACAUUUGAUCAGAUUUGGUCAUCGUACUAAAGUAUUGUUGUAACCAAUCCUGACAUCAUAUCGUCAGUUAAUUGAUAGAUUUUGAUUUAAAUAAAUUUUAUUAAGUAA